AUGGGUAAGGCUGGUAAAACGGGCCAACCCGCGGGUUGUGGGUUGGCCCGCGGCGGGUUGCGGGUUGUGUGCGGUGCAGGCUCAAAAGGCCCGUUUUCUGACGAUUUCUUGCUUGUUUUGGCUUGGCUUUGGCCCGAUGAUCCUCCCCGCAAUUCCAUAUCAAUUCUGGAUAAUGAAGAAACCAAAGCUUGUUCAAGCAUGUUUCUGAAUUCCUUUGCUAAAAUCUUCCUCCGCCACAUUUCUACCACCAGCAGCACCACAAGGAAGCUCCUGAAAUCCUCAAAAAUCCCCCAAAGGUACCAAAAGUUCGCUGUCCGUGAAGCCCAGAAAGUCCUCACCGAUUACCUUCACGAAACUCGAUGCUUGCCGUUUGUGUUAGCGGAUCAGAUUGCAAAGAACUCCCUCCUUUCCCUCGUUAACCUCAUUGUGAAGGUGGAUUUCUCGGCCUCCACUUUCUCGAGAAAUUUCGAGAAAUACCUCAGGUACAACCCCAUCGAUGAGUUCGAAUUUUUCUUUGAAAGCAUAGGCAUAGACUACAAUAAUGGCGUUUCUGAGUUGUUGCCUCCGAAUAAGGUCUUCUUUUCUGAAGAUGGGUCACUUCUGGAGGCAGCUCGCGCCCUUUCAUUUUUUGGGUUUCCGUGGGAUAAGCUGGGUAACUUGUAUAAGGAAUGUAGUUCCGUGUUCAGGAGAAGUUCCAAAGAGUUGGGGUCUAAACUCUAUGAGUUUAAGAAGCGCGGGUUUGGUAAUGUUGAAGUGGUUGGUAUAUGUCUAGCUUUCCCCAAUAUCUUGGGUAAGGAAGGUGAAGAGGUUGAUGGCGAAAUUGAUGGCCUGUUUACUGAUCUGAAGUCAGUGUUUUUUGAUUUUGAAUUGGCAAGAUAUGUCGAAGGAAAUAUAGAUUCUUGGCAUGAAAUGCCAGUGGUUUCUGUAUCAAAGCUAUUGAAACACUUUGGCUUGAGCCCUAAAAUUCUGGAGGAUGUUAGUAAAAAAUAUGAUCAUGUAUUGGGGACGAACAAGAUGGAUAAUCUGCCUAAUGUAAUGAGAGCUUUGGAUUUACAUGGAUGGUUCUUCAACAAGAUGAAGGAUGGAAAUCAUAACUUGUUAAUAAGUUAUCUUGCAACCCAUCCUAAUGAAGAGAAGGAUAAAGAGUAUCAAGCCGGCUUAACGAUGAUUUGUGCUUCCAGUUCCCGAAAUCAUAUGUUGAGCAAAUUGAAUUUCUUACAUGGCUUGGGCUUUGGAGAAAAUGCUGUAACUAUAGACAUUGCAGCUUACUUGCAUGGCUAUAGUUGGAAGUUACAGAAAAGGUUUGAAUUCCUUCUGCAUUUAGGGUUUGAAUUCUCAAAGCUCUGUAUCAUGGUGAAAAAAGCACCUAAAAUUCUAAACCAAAAAUCUCAAGUUAUGGAUGAGAAGGUGAAAUUCUUCUGUCAGGAAAUGGGAAUCCCUUUACAGUGUCUGACUCCUUUGGCGGCACUUUUGUAUUAUAAUCUAGAGAACCGAAUUAAGCCUAGGUACGGAUUCCACAUGUGGCUUAAAGAAAAAGGUCUGUUUGGAGAAAAGUAUACCAUCACAACUGUGAUUUCUAGAAGCAACAAUCAAUUUGUAGAUAUAGCUUACAAAAUUCACCCAGCUGCUCCGAAACAUUGGUUUGAGCAAUUCUAUGUUCUUCAUAUGCUCUGGCAGCUUGUUUUUGUUUUUCCCUUGUCUGGAUUAUGCUCCAUCAAUGGCGUCCCUAGCACCCCUUGCCCUGAGGGCUCAUGGAGGAAUGUGAAUUGCUGUCUGUGCAAGGCAGCAGCCAGGGUUCAAACUUGUGACAGAGUUGUUAAGAAGGAACUGGGAAUAUCUUAUCUUGCAAGGCUGCGUUUCCGUUUAAAAGAUCCUAAGUGUUAA